AAAUGAUAAAUUUAUCUGACAGAGAAAAAGCAUUGAUUGAAGAGAUAUGUGCUAAAAAUACAAAGUCAAAUAAAAAGAUUAAUCAAGAAUAGGGAAGUCAAAAAUUAGUCAGUCAAUCAAGUACAAAAAUUUUAGUUUCCAGAUUAGAACGUAAAUUGAAUGAAGUAUUUAUGUAUUGUAAAAAUAGACAUUACAAGAAGUUGAUGAUCAAAACACUGGAUAAAUAAAUUUCUAACAAUUAGGACGAUUAUUUACAUUGUUAGAUAUAUUCUAAGCUAUCUCAUACAAUUAAGAUUAUCAGUUAGAGCCUUAAGGACUUAAUAAUCCUAUGCAAAAGUAAUUUAAAUUCAUUAAAAUAGAUAAUAAGAGGAAGACUUACAUGAGAAAGCAUUUGCAAUCAUUUCAAACUUAGAAGAAAAAGCAGAUAUAUAGGCAGCCUUUUGUUUAUUUAGAGUUAUUUUAGAUCCUAAUUAAUUGGAACCAUCUAAAUGUGCUAUUUUGAUAAAAGAGUAUUUAGAGAAGAUUUCUGAGAAAGAAAUUGAUUAUGAAUCAAUAUUAAGAUUUUGCUCUGAAUUUUAAGCAUAUUAAAAAACUAGAUUGUCUGGAGCUAAAAUAGGUUAUUUAAAAGCAUCCCUAGCAUAAAAUUUAAUUGAAACUUAUGAAAAAACUUUAACUUUCAAACCAUCAAUAAAUCCUAUAAGUGAAGCUUUAUAAUAAUAAUCAGGAAAAAAAGAAAAUUAAGAAUAAUCAUCAUAAUUUUCAGCAGGAUUAGGUGAAAGUAGAGUAAAUGAACUCUAUAGAAAAAAAGAGCUUUCAAAUUAAAAGAUAGAAUAUCUCAAAUAAGAAAAACUUAUGAAGGAUAUGUAAGAAUGUACAUUUAAGCCAUAAAUUAUAUCAAAAAAAGAAUUACCAAAUGUAGUCGAUAGAUUAUAUUAAGUAAAGAAUAGAUAAGAAAUAGAAGAGAGAGUAAAAUUGGCUGAACAAGAAAAAGAAGAAUCAGAAUAUAGCAAAUGUUCUUUUCAUCCAUAAAUUAAUUAUUAAAUGCCUGAAACUUAAUCUACUGGAAUAGGAGGAUAUUGGGAAGCUAUAGAAAGAAUUAGAAGAGCUAAUGAUAGAAAACAUUUAAAAGAUUUAAAAUUGAAUCAUAAACCUAGUGGAGAAAACUAUGAGAAAUAUAAAAAUUAACCAUUUUCACCUCCAGAAAUGUUAUAAAGAAGAUAAUGUAAAAAAGAAUUACCGAUACUUUAUAUUGAUAUUAAAUUGGGACCCAGAAAAGUAGGAAGAUUAGCAUUGAGAAAGAAUGAUGAUGUUGAAGAAGUAGUUUAAUCAUUCUGUAAGGUUUGGGGAGUAGGAUAAUAAGAUUAUGAAUUAUUAGUCAAUCAAGUUAAAGAAAAUCUUCAAAAGUAAUCAUCAUUUAUAUUAUUUUAGUGUCAUUCAAGAAACAGAAGAAUCCCAAAUUUGAUUAUGAAUAUGG